GCUGUAUUGACACCUCAACGUCUGCCCCUUGAGGCACCUGGCAUGAAAGACUACCGCAUGUAAUUCAACCUCAAGCCUCGAGUCCAAACAAAACAUCAAAAUGGCUACUAAGAAAGGAAACCCCAAGAAGGGAAUGGCCGACCCUCCCGCCGGCACCUAUCGAGAUGCCCCAGAGUACGCGGAAACAGCCUCCAUGUCGUCGGCUGUUCUCAUGAAUGUGGUUGAAUCAUUCCCAGAUGAAGAUCUUCCAGCAUACGAAGAUACACCCUCACAAUCGUCCCACCUUCUUUGGGCUGCGCCUGUAACGGGACCAAGCAUCGCCAGCAUCAAUAAUAUAAUAUACCGCCCGGAUUAGUAUGGCUGCCUCAACCUACGCUGCAUAUUGGAUUCUAUGCUAACCACUCUUGCGCAGCCUCCCCCCAGAUCCUGUCUUUUCUAGCCAUGACAAAAGCCGAUCAGAAUACCGUACCAAUCUCCCCAACUACUCUACCGAACCCGGCGCUCUGGCUUUCAUGAUUAAAGAUCAAGCAAAGUAUGCUCCAGGAUAUUAUGUUCGGGUCUGCGGGACACACACUCAGACGGCACGGCGUAAUAACAAGGACGAGAGAACCACAGUUACGGAUUUUGAUUUCAAGCUCAGUUUGGCAGAUAUGAUCUUACCGCAAAGUUACGUUGCGGGAGUGACUCCUGGGGAACUAGAGUUUUUACCCGACAACAGAAGGGGAUAUAGGGGAACCAGAUUUCCAUCUUUGAGUCCAGCGGUGGCCCCAAUUGAUGGCGUGGAUUCUUUGACUGCAUGGUGUGAGCAUUACGUCGCGAAUACAAGCUCGAUCAAAUCCUUUACCCUUAAGCGCGAGGUACGAUGGCAUAUGACGGAAAGACUUGAGAGAUUGAUCCGUUCUGCGGUUUCAGAGACGAAUUACCGUGGCCAUGUCUCUGUCACAUUCCCUACGACUCACACGAGCUUAAUUGUCUACUCUCCAGGUAAAAUUAACCAAUGGCGAAUGACAACCUGGAUCCGUUGGUUCUUUUAUUUAUCCUGCCUCUGGAUCAUCGCAUGGCCCAUUCUUUUCCUCAUCACUGCACGUUAUGAAGUCGUCAAGUCAGUCUGGUAUUAUUGGUCUGACGAGUUGACGCCUCUGCGAGGACGUUCAAGGAUGAUGGAAUUAGAUUGGUAUCAAAAAUGGUACCUGGCGAUCAAAAGAGCUGCGCGGUCGAGAGUUGGGGAUCGGGAUGCUGUUCUCUCUGAGGAUUUCCUCUUAGCGAGUAUUGCAGCGGAACAACCGAAUCGUAUGAAUGGAGGAGUUGAUCCAGCCCCUGUUGCUAAUACCGGGAAUGCGAUUGCUGAUGGAGCUCUCAAUUUUCUUGGUCAUGGAAUUCGGGUUGCGUCUGAAAUCAAUCGGUCGGUCGGAUGGGGGUACGAUUGUUGAAAACUCGUCUUCUUUAGAUUUAGUACGGUCUCCGUCAUUUUCUUCGGAUACAGCAAGGAGUUUUGGGGACUCGGGAGUUUUUAUGAAAGCGCUUGUAUUUCGGGUGUUUGUUUUCAAGAGGAGAGAUCCAAUGUUUACUUCCAUACGCAGCAUUCAAGGACAUAACUGACAUCCAUCCUUGGUUAAGCAUAAGACUCUAGAAAAGCUUGUCCUUUUAAUUUUAUACUUUGAAGUGCUGUACAGUUUGGCGUCAAACUAACAUGAGUCGGGGGCUCAGACUUGGAACAAGCUAUGGGUAUAGCUGUAACUAGUUAAAUUCUGGACGUCUCCCGGGACUCGGUAGCUCAGUGGAUCAUAAUAUGACACUCUACCUACAACCAUCUUUCUACAGUACAUGUGAUAAGGGAUGAAUACCACUCUACUGUACGAGUAAGUGAGGAAGGUAGUACUGUAAGUCUUACCACGAUUGGUGGAGAGUGAAAAGGCAAAAAGUCGCAAAAUGCCAUCUGCUCUUCUCAUUUGCUGGGAACAGGCCUGUUUUGAACCUCAGUCGCAACGCUAGUGGUUCACCUGCUGCAGGUGUACAGUACUCACCCCGCGUUAAUCAGGGGUCGUAUUUCGUAACUGUAUCCUUGGGCGGUAGGGGUUACAACCUCGGUGGAUCCGUCCGUGUCCUACGUGGGCGAAACAAGACGACGUAAGAUUACUCUUUUUUGCGAUCGUUCGUUUCUGUUCUGUUGUUGAGAAAUCCAUCCCACCCCCUUCCUGUUCAUCAUUGUUGCCAUUCGCAUAUCUGGAUCUUUGAUUUGUGUCGACGGUUUUCAAUGAUAAAGCUCCCUCGGUUGCGCUUCAACCCUCAUGCCCCAAUCACCUCCUAAAGCAAAAGAAAAGGAGGAGCGCAACUUAGAAAAUGGCCUUCUCGAAAGCACUUCCUCCGCCUGCGCGCCCUCAAAGCCCCUCCAGCUCGUAAAAUCCGCUAUAGAGAUCCUCAAGCCCUCAAUUCUCACUCGAGGGCCACGAAAGCAAAUCCAUGCCACGUCAUAUCUCGACGGGAUGCGCGGAUUUGCCGCAUUUCUGAUGUACUUGGAUCACAACCAGUCUUGGGCGCGAAUAGGAGUUCCGGAAGACUCGGCUCUCAUUCUUGAAAAUGCGUGGGGAUAUAACGGUCGAUAUUACUUUGCCUGUCUGCCUGGGAUCCGGACGUUCUUCACCGGAGGACAUUUUGCUCUCGCGGUGUUCUAUGUCAUCUCGGGCUUUGUAUUGACCAGGAAACCACUAUCCUACAUCCACGCGGGCGAAUACAAGAAGCUUUUUGAUAAUGUCGGAUCGGCGCUGUUUCGACGCUGGUUGAGGCUUUUUCUUCCGGCCUUUGUGACGACGUUUCUGUAUAUUUCGAGCUGGCAUAUUUUCGGCAUUUGGACGUAUUAUCCAAGACAUAAGGAGACUUAUUGGAAGGAAUUUAGGAGUUGGUAUCGCGAGCUUCUGAAUUAUGGGUUUGUAUUUGGGAAGGGGGGUUUGGCGAUCAACACGGAUUUGUUCAGUUAUAAUUAUCAUGUUUGGAUUGUGCCGACGGCGUUUAGAGGGAGUAUUAUUGUUUUGACACUGGUUUUUGCGUUUGCGAGGUGUACGAGGAAUGCGAGGAUUUUAUGUGAGUGCUUCUUUCCCUAGCAUCUGCUCGACCCCCGCCAAACUUCUCAGGAAGAGGGGUAAUAUCAUAUUUACGCGAAGAGACAAUGCAAAACAUCAAUCAUCACAAAAACUAAUAAACCCACCCAGGCACCCUCCCCGUCCUCCUCUACUUCCUCUACAUAAUCGACGGCUGGCCAUAUUCCUGCUUCAUUUCGGGCAUGCUCCUCGCAGACUUCCACCAACUCUCCAUCCACAACACUCUUCCCUUCCCUACCCUCAUGGCUAAACUACAACCCCACAAAAACAAACUCGCGCACGCCGCUCUCCUUAUAAGCAUGUACUUGGGUGGUGUCCCAACCUACAAUGCUGAUGUUGAAAACCUGCAGAAGUCCCCGGGUUGGCACUUCCUCUCUCUUUUCCGCUCAAAAUCUCUUAUUAGUUACCAAUGGUUCUACCUCUUCUGGGCUGCUACCAUCCUCCUACACGCCACUCCUCAUAUAUCCUGGCUUAAGCGAUUCUUCGAAACUAGAUUCUGUCAAUACCUCGGGCGCAACUCUUACUCGCUGUAUCUUGUGCAUGGACCUUUGAUGUGGGUUUUUGCGGAUCGUAUCUAUGCAUUGGUAGGAUGGGAACGGAGGGGACAGUUGAUGAAUUGGUACAAUAAGUUCCCACUAUGGAAGGGCGGGGUUUUUGGGUUGGAGUUGGCGUUCUUGAUACCGCAACUCUUGGUGGUGCUGCCUGUUACGUUGUGGGCUAGUGAGGUUGUGACGAAGGGUGUAGAUAGACCAAUUGUGACGUUCACGAAAUGGUUAUAUGGGAAUUGUGUUGAUAAGAAUUGGUAA